GUGGAUAAUAAGUGAACUUUAUUAUCCUCGGCAGGCCUAAAAUUAGGUAUUUCGUGGCCCAUAAGCAUCCCCGAUUUAUGGAAAAAGUAAGUACUCUGUUUCAAGGGUUCAUUCAUCACAUUGAAACGGCGCAGCAGCAUUGUGAAAACUCCAUGGACGACGUAAGAUCAACCUCUGCUUGGGUCGCUAGCCACUCCUCUCAUGUCGUUGUUGACUCCUCAGGGAUUGAGAAAGUAGUGAGCACCAUUGAUUCUAUUCCGAAAGUUGAAUGGGAUUUUGAAGGGAUUCAUUAUUUUGAUAAUGGUCCUCUCACUGUUCAGUACUUGUUUGUUUUGGAUGCUUUGAACUUUUGCUUCUGGCCUGAUAAGGAUUUGAAUUAUGAUAAUUUGGCAUCUGGGCUAAAGGCAGCUCUUCAAAACGACAAGUCUGCAUUCGAUGCUGACCGUCUGCAAAAGUAUACUGGUCCACAACUUCGUGAGCUUUUGAAUUGGCCUAGACCCCUUCCUUUGGAAGAUGAACGUGUUAGGUUACUUCAUGAGGUUGGAAUUGAACUGGAAAGGAAUUUUGACGGAAAAGCAUCUAAUCUUGUUGAGCAGAGUGGAAAAUCAGCUAUGAAUCUUGUUGCCCUUGUUGCACGUCAUUUUCCUGGCUUUAGAGACCAUUCAGUGUACAAAGGCCGUCAAGUAUUUUUAUAUAAAAGAGCUCAGAUAUUUGCAGCAGAUUUAUGGGGUGCAUUCGGGGGCCAAGGAUGCGGCGAGUUUAAAGACAUCAGCUCUCUGACCAUAAUGGCAGACUACAUUGUUCCAGCUGUGCUUCAGCAGCUUGGCAUUUUAAAGUUCAGUCCAACACUUGCCAGUACUAUUGAGGCCAGUGGAGAAAUAUGUCCAGGGACUGAGGAGGAAGUUGAAUUACGUGCUUGCUCUAUACAUGCUGUGGAGAAAAUGAGGGAGCUGAUAAGCGUAAAAUCUGGAACACCGGUGCUAAGUGUAGAGCUGGAUCUUUGGCUCUGGGCUACUGGAAUUCAGUGUGAAUCUCUGAAGCACCACCGAACACUUUCAAUAUAUUAUUGAGCAUAUGAUAUAUGGUAGCACCUAGUUAUCAGCAAUUUAGUUUUAGAACAAGAAAACUUUGUCUGGUUUAAGGUAACUAUUUAAGAUAAGGUGAAUAACUAUACCUUUGGUGUUAGCUUUUGUAAUUUUGAAAAUGAGACACAAAACCUUCAAAAUUAAAUUGAAUAGCAGUAUAACUUUUGGGACA